GCGAGCCUUCGACGAUGAUGGCAGGCAGCUUGCGGCGUUUGGCCAGCGCGCUCCUCCUUGGCGCCUACGCGACCUGCGGCUCGAUCUACCCGGUCGCCAACGAGCUCAUUGUCGACGCCUCGUCGCCCGCGGACGCCAAGGUCGCCUACUUCCCAUUCCAGCGCGCCGAAAAGAUGUUUGGGUCCAACCACGGCCCUCUGUUUGCUGAGCAUGGCGCGUCGUCCGUCCACCUCAACAUCUCGGGCGUGAACGUGUCGUCGGCCAUGAACGGCUGGCGCCUCGUGGUCUUCCACUACCAGGCCGACAACCUCAACGCACUCGCCGACGCCGAGGGCAACCUCGCGCUCUUCGCCUGCUCGCAGCUGCAAUCGGAGCUCGCAAUGGCCGGCAUGCACCACUUUGAGCGCCGCGAAUUCCCAAUCGUCAAUCGAUCGGUCAUCGCGUCGACUAACUACAAGGUCAACAGCAGCGGCUGGAUCGACUCGCUCGUCUUCGUGUGCUCAGAUCAGCACGCAAGCCAGGACGCGGUGCAGUUUACGGGGACGCUCACGGUGCGGAACCCGUACGGUCUUUUGCCAGCCGUCUUUUACGGUCUCUUGCCCUUCAGCGGGUUUCUCUCGCUUGGGUAUCUCGUGCUUGCCUUCUUCUUUGCCAUUCUUCUCUGCAUCCACCGCAAGGAAGCGAUCGCACUGCAAGUCGGGAUCUUUGCCGUCCUCGUCCUCGGCACGGUGUCGUCGGCGAUUUGGUUUGUAGCGCUCUACGAGAUGAACGAGGUCGGCCAGCCCUUUAGCUGGCCAUUGCCGCCGUUGUACGUUGCUGCCGUGGCCUGCGACGCCGGUAUGCGCACGUUUGCACGCAUGAUUUUGUUGGUUGUCUGUCUCGGGUACGGUAUUGUCAAGGACACGCUGCCGCGUCUCGAUAAGGUGCUUAUUGUCGUCAUGUCGCUGGCGUACUUUGGCACGGGCGUCGCCGACGACUUGAUCCGCGAAGCCACCGCCGACCGAAGCCGCGGUCUCCGCGGUCGGUCGCCGUCGAUCUGGGCGCUGCUCCAGCUCGCGUGCAACCUCGUGUUUGUGCUGUGGAUCUACCUCUCGCUCGAGACGAUCCUCAAGGACCUCCGGUCGGCCAAGCAGUUUGCCAAGCUCCAAAUGUACGAGGCGCUCGCAUACAGCCUCGGCGGCUUUGUGCUUUUCUUUACGCUUCUGACGGGCGUCGCGGUCUCGGCCCGUGUCGGCCUCUUUGAGUGGCGCACCGAGUGGGAGUGGACGCAGCUCGUCGCGUGGCCCGUCCUCAACUUUAUCGUCUCGGCUGCCAUGUGCGUCAUUUGGCGCCCGACCGCGCGCUCGAUCGCGUUCGCGUCGCAGCUGCCGAUGGAAGAUAUUGAAGAGGACGACGAGCAUGACGACGACGACGACGAGCAUGCUCUCAAGGAUAAGAAGGACGUUGUCGCCAACAUCUCGCCGCGCUUUACCGUCGGCGAGGACGACGAUGACGACGAGGUGCUGCAUAGCAAGGUGUAGACGUGCGUUCGACUAGAGACUUUACAAUCGAUCAUUUUGGACAACUUGUCAUGCUUGAAGUCGACCACAUGAGAUUGUCGAGCGAGGGAUCGAACCAUGUGAACGUCGGUCGACAAACGCUUCGUACCGCCCGAGGGCCUGCGAGCAUCCUGGAACGUUCCAGAUAAUACCAUUAUCGCAUUGUGAGAGCCAUGCUAACUAGUUCUUGCAACACUUUCACCAGAUUCGAGCCACUAUUAAUAUAUCUACC